AUGGCUACCAGCAAGACACAGGUUCUCGUCGUGGGCGCAACCGGAUACAUUGGUGGAUCGAUUCUCUCUGAGAUUCUGCGCUCAUCACAGGCUUCUCAAUUGAGUAUCUCUGCUCUAAUCCGUCGCCCAGAGCAGGCGGCCAAGCUGGAAGCCCUAGGAGUGAAGCCAUUGCAAUUCCAGGGUUUGGAUGACCUAGAAGCUUGCACGGAUGCAGCCUCUAAGCAUGAUGUUGUGAUCAAUGCCGCCUCCGCAUCCCAUGACAGUUCCGCUAAGGCCCUGAUUGAAGGCUUGGCCCUCAGAAAGAAGGCCACAGGAAAUGAUGCCUACAUGAUUCAUACAUCCGGCACCUCAAUUUUGGGUGACCAUCCCUAUACCGGCACGGCGCAGAACGGCAAAAUUUGGUCCGAUGAGAAGGAUGACAUUUACGCCAUGGAGAAGGGACAUCCCGAAACUUACGGACAACGCGUCACCGAUGUUGUUGUUGUCGAGACAGGAAAGAGUCUAGGCAUUAAAACAUACAUUGUCGUCCCUCCCACCAUCUAUGGAAAGGGAUCAGGUCCCUUUGCGACCCUGAGUCAACAGGUCCCCAACCUUGCACGUUUGGCACGGAAGCGUGGAUCCACACCAGUGAUUGAAAGUGGCAGAGGCAUUUGGAAUCAUGUGCAUAUUGACGAUCUUUCUGACUUUUACCUCCGCCUCUUCCAUGCUGUCGUUGAAAAGCAAAGCUGGCUUCCUUCAGGCCCAGAGGCUAUCUUCUUUGUCGAAAGUGGCGAGCACACAUGGCUUCAGGUCAGCCAGGGAAUUGCUGAUGCCCUGCACAAGCGAAAGCUUCUGGCGACAAACAACGUCCAAUCAAUCGGUCUCAAGGAAGCAGCUGCGGCAAUUACCAAUGGCGAUGAGAGUAAAGCAGAGAUCUCUCUCGCAUCGAAUUCGAGAGCUCGGGCUGAUUUCGCUCGGAACAAACUUGGAUGGAACACGAGCCGUGGACUGGAGGAUUUCCUGAACCAUUUUGAUGGCGAGGUGGAAGCUAUGCUGAAAGAGCUGAGUGGCUAG